AUGCGCCACUCAGGCAUCCCAGAACUAACUCAGCUCCGACUGGUGAACGGCCCGAGUCGCUGUGCUGGGAGAGUCGAGGUGCUUCACAACCAGCAGUGGGGAACCGUGUGUGAUGACAAUUGGGAUUUAACUGAGGCCAGAGUCGUGUGCAGGCAGCUGGGCUGUGGGAUGGCGUUAUCAGCCCCACGUAGGUCUCGGUUUGGACAGGGAACUGACCGUAUCUGGCUGGAUGAGGUAAACUGCACAGGGACAGAAGCCGCCCUCUCCGAAUGCAGGGCUCGGCCUUGGGGAGAGAAUAACUGUAACCACGUAGAAGAUGCUAGUGUUGAGUGCUCAGACUCGGUCAUUCCAGACCCAGGUCCUCUCCAACUGGUGAAUGGCCCCAAUCGCUGCGCUGGGAGAGUCGAGGUGCUUCACAACCAGCAGUGGGGAACCGUGUGUGAUGAUGGCUGGGACUUAACUGAGGCCAGAGUCGUGUGCAGGCAGCUGGGCUGUGGGACGGCGUUAUCAGCCCCACGCAAGUCUCGGUUUGGACAGGGAACUGACCGUAUCUGGCUGGCUGACGUCAACUGCACAGGGACAGAAGCUGCCCUCUCCGAAUGCAGGGCUCGGCCUUGGGGAGAGCAUAACUGUUACCACAUAGAAGAUGCUGGUGUUGUGUGCUCAGAUUCAGCCCUUCCACACCUGGCUGAGGUGCGACUGGUGAACAGCCCAAGUCGCUGCGCUGGGAGAGUCGAGGUGUUUCGUCACCAUCAGUGGGGAACUGUGUGUGAUGAUGGCUGGGACUUAACUGAUGCUGGAGUCGUGUGCAGACAGCUAGGCUGUGGGACGGCGUUAUCAGCCCCAGGAGGGGGUCGAUUUGGACAAGGAUCUGGACCAAUUUGGCUGGAUGAUGUUAACUGCACAGGGACCGAAGCUGCCCUCUCCGAAUGCAGGGCUCCCCCUUGGGGGGACCAUAAAUGUGACCACAGAGAAGAUGCCGGUGUUGUGUGCUCAGACUCUGGCAUCUCAGAAGUAACUCAGCUCCGACUGGUGAACGGCUCGAGUCGUUGUGCUGGGAGAGUCGAGGUGCUUCACAACCAGCAGUGGGGAACCGUGUGUGCUGAUGACUGGAACCUACAGGAUGCCACAGUCGUGUGCAGGCAGCUGGGCUGUGGGACGGCGUUAUCAGCCCCAGGCGCGGCUCACUUUGGACAAGGAUCUGACCCCAUCUGGCUGGAUGACGUUCACUGCACAGGGACAGAAGCUGCCCUCUCCCAAUGCAGGGCUCGGCCUUGGGGAGAGUAUAACUGUCAUCAUGGAGAAGAUGCCGGUGUCGUGUGCUCAG